AUGGAUAAAUUUAUAUUUUUAAUGAAAGAUUUGUUAAAAAGAGAACGUGAUGCUGAAAUUGAAGAAACCAGAUUGUUGGUUGAGAAUUGUCCACUAAAGAUUCUAGAAAGGAAAGGACAGUGUCUGCUGAAGUUGAGAAUAUGGAGACAGUACGUUGGCCUAUUCAAUAGAACUGUUCUUGUUUUCAAGAAAAAUGCUACAGAUGAGCUGCCUGCCCAUAGCUUAUCAUCUGGUGACAUAGUUGGCUUGAGUCUGACCUCGCCGAACGAAGAAAUCAUAGCCACAGGGAUCGUUUCGAAAGUUCUUCAAACCAGUAUAAGUGUGGCCUUUGAUGACGUCGACAAACUUUUGAACCUCUCCGACGAUGACCAGUACAAGGUCAUCAAACUGGCCAAUGACGUCACUUACAAGAGGGUGCAGAGGUCAGGGUGCCUGACCUUGAUAGAUGACUAUAUGAAUGAAUAA